GCAUGCGCGACUACUCAGCGUAAUGCGCUUGCGUAAGAGCCUCACAGAGGUAUGCGCAUGCGCGCUGCCUUUGGCCUGCUGCUCUCGCGGGAUCUCCUGUGCAGGUUACGGAGGGAGCGGCCCGGCUGUGUAACGGAGAGGGAUGCAGGGCAGCGACCGAUACUCCUACUCCCUGCACUCACAGGAGGUCUAUGGUGCUGUAUUCAUGUAACCGGUGUGAUAUCAUCCCUAAUAUGACGUCACUGGUGUGAUAUCCCUGUAUGUCGUCACUAGUGUGAUUCCGACCCCUCUAUGAUGUCAGUGGUGUGAUACCAUUCCCUGUAUGUCAUCACUAUUGUGAUACAUCACCGGUUGACGAUACUGGUGUGAUAUCAUUCCCUGUAUGACGUCACUGGUGUGGUAUCAUCCCCUCUAUGAUGUCACUGAUGUGAAAGCUCCUUUGUAUGACGUCACUGGUGUGAUACCAGCCCCUGUAGGACGUCACUGGUGUGAUAACAUCCCCUAUAUGUCACUGGUGUGAUAAUAUCCCCUGUAUGACAUCACUGGUGUGAUAAUAUCCCCUGUAUGAUGUCACUGGUGUGAUAAUAUCCCCUGUAUGAUGUCACUGGUGUGAUAAUAUCCCCUGUAUGACAUCACUGGUGUGAUAUCUCCUGUAUGACAUCAUUGGUGUGAUAACAUCCCCUGUGUGACGUCACUGGUGUGAUAUCAUCCUCGUUACGUGACGACAGCCACAGACCUGUUGGGUAAGAUGACGGAUUCCGGCCGGCUGGAUAAUAAGAACACCCUGAAGAAGACGAAGUUCGACCUGCGCAUUGUCCAGUCGUACCUGUGCCGGGUGCAGGAACAACGCCCGCUGCUUUCCAUCCCCGUGGGUGAGCUGGACACCCACCUGGCCAACUUCAUCCACACGCACCGCAAGCAAGAUGGCUCAGAGUAUGAGCCAGGGACCCUGCGCGGAAUCCUGGGCAGCCUGGACCGCCACUUCGAGAAAUGUGGCUACCCCCACGCCAUCUACCGCUCCCGGGAGACCAAGUUCCUGAAAACGGUCAACGCUAUGAAGGAGAAGCAGUGCUACCUCAAGACCAUCGGCAAGGGGAACCACCCCAACCAUGCUGAGCCGCUGACCGAGAGGGAGAUCGAGCUCCUGUACUCCAGUGGUGCCAUAGGCCUCCACAACCCCACCGCCCUCCUCCACAUGCUUUUCUUUAACAUCGGCCUUCAUUUCAGCCUCCGCACCAUGGAGCAGCACAGCCUGAAGUGGGGCGACAUCGUCCUGAAAGCCGAUCCUCAGGGGAGAAAAUACUUGGAGCACACCAAGAAACUGUCGCCGGGCCGGAACUCGGGCAGACUGCACCCAGCGCACACCAUGACCAUGCAGAUCUACGAGAGCCCAGAGCAGCCCGAGAGAGACGUGGUCAAAGCCUAUGAGAAGUACACCGCCGAGAGGCCUGAGAAGAUGAAGUGCAAGGACGCCCCCUUCUACCUCACCCCGCAGCCGGACUGCAGGCCAGGCUACGCCCGCUGGUUCAAGAACCUUCCCAUGGGCGAGACCAGGAUACGAAGCAUCAUGAAAAACCUGAAGAUGGCAGCUGGGUUGUCUCCGCAGCGAAGGGUCACCAACCACUGUGCUUUGAAAAGUCCCAACAUGAAGGGAAGUGUCAAGACCGUACCCCCGACUCCACUAAUGAAAUCACCAAGAGGGAGCCGGCCUAUGAAUGGCUGCCGGAGUAAUGGCCGCGCUGUUAAGAUGGAGGAUGUGGCCUCCUACUGCGCCAAUGACGUCUCAGACGCUGCCGCUCCGAGCAGGGGUCCACGUAACGGCAAUGUCAGUGUGAAAGAGCGCGGUGACGUCCUUUCGUCUCCACCCGUCAGAAGCCCCAAAAACAAGAUCAUUAAGGAGGAGUGGGAGCCGAGAGAAGCCUCUGAACUGAGAGUGAUCGCAGAGGAGAAAAGCUUUUUCCCCGGACAGGGAUCAGUCAUGUUCCAGGAUGUGGCGGCCUCCUUCUCUCCAGAAGAGUGGGGGGUGUUAGAGGACUGGCAGAAGGAGCUGUACAAGAAUGUGAUGCGUGAAAUCCACUCGGCGCUGCAGGCGAUGGGAUAUAAGAUUGUGAACGCUGAUGUGCUUCUGAAGGUUAAGGAUGACGAGUGUAAAAAGAACUGUCCGGCUGAUGACUGUCCGGACUCUACAAGAGGCGGCGGUCAGAGCGUCAGUCCCGACAUCUUGCUGAGGAUCAAACAUGACGAGCUGCCGGACUGGAGGGACCUGGAGGUGCCGGAGAAGGAGGAGGAGGAGAUGGACACUUCUAGCUCUAGUCUCCCGGUCUUCGAUCCUGAUCUCUCCCUGUGGAUCUUCAGGGAAGAACCAGACGUCGGCUCCCCAGAUGAUGCAAAGGACCAGACUCCCGUUGACCUAGGUGAAGGGGCUUCCUUGCCACAGCACGUCCCCUCUUCAUACAAAGAGCCGCUACCGGAGAUCUCCACGCUCUACAAUCCCGGCUACACGGAGGGCCCCCGUCCCGGCAAGCGGAAGAGACGCCCGCCUCAGAGGCGGAGCAACGAGCAGAGGACGGAUUCAGACUGUGACAACGAUGAGCCCACGCAUCGCCUUCCUUGCCGGAACCUCGCUGCCGUGGAGCGGGCGGACUGGAUGUUGGAGGACAAGUUGUACCAGUGUGACCUGUGCGAGAGAACCUACAGCGACCGCUCCGGCGAGACGUUUCUGGCCUGCCCUCACUGUGGGGGCACCCUGAACUCGCACCCCCUUUUCCACCGGCAGAUAGUUGCCGACGCAGGUGCCGGCUUUCCUCAGACUCUCCGCUUCAGCGACAUCAACGUGGAUGCUGGUUUCUCCCACCCAAUGCAGGGGCCGGUGGGGUGAGCUCCUGGGCUCACCUGUGACAUGCACUGGAUCUUAAUUUAUUAACGCCUCCUGUAGAGACGGGCAGAGAGGAGCCUACUACCCCGACUGGCACCGUAGCACCACCCGCAGCUUUGUGUUCGCUCGCAGAGUGGUCACUGGAGCCUCGUCACCCUAGAGACAUGAAAGCGGUGCCGUCUCUUGGUUCCGGGAUGGAGUCGCUGUGAUAUUUCAGUAGUUGAUAGGUUUUUCUCCUGUUGUCACCCCGCGGACUGCAGCAUCCAUGUUAGGAAGUUGUGGCUUUUAUUGGGCGGCAGAGGGGGUUUUAGUUAAUGUAUUGUUUGCAGAGUGAGCGUUUUCUGGGGACACAAAUGUGCCUUAGUCUAAGAUACCAGUCUUCCCACAAUCCACAGGACACAUUCAGUGUAGUGGUGACCCCGUGCACAUGUGGGAGAUGCACGGAACCCGGUGCUGAGGACAUAGGGGGCAGAUUGAGGUCCCCGGAGUUUGUAGCAGCAUUCUGUAACGUUUCUGUCUCUCACCGCAGUACUCGGCCCUUUCUGACCUGGCGUGACACAGUAUUAGGCGACUGCUUUGGCAGAGGAUGCCUUUUCUUCCAAGCUGUUGCACUGUAUAAUAUUUAUUUUACUUGUUUUUAACGUUGUGUUAAAGUGUACCUAAACGUAGAGUGAGCAGCCAUUUUACGAAGGCGGUCAUUUUCUAGUGACUGGAUAGGCUUCCACCAGUGACGGCGUGUCGUCAGUAAGGGGAAUAUGACGCAGUACAAUGGACGGACAAACGUUUUGUUGCUGUGUUUUCAUGGGUAUGACACAAUAAAGGUCAUUACAGUUAA